AAAAAACAAAAAACAAAAGAGAAGCUCCACCCAUCCGAGAGAAAAAAUCCCUGAACGAACUAACGAGAGUAUUGUAAUCGAGUCCAUAGAAUACAAAAACAAUGUUUCUCGUUACCGUCGAUCUGUCUGUCUGCGUCCGUGUCGAUGUUUAUUGGACAGAUAAUCUCCGAAACUACCGCACUGAUUGUUGUUAAUUGGGAAUGUCGUGUUGACUUUGAAAUUGCAAACAGUUUGCGUUUUUUAAGCAAUCAUCUUCCAAUUUAGCACUAAGGUCAAACGUCCAUUGAUAUAGUCGAUUAUCCAGAAUGUUUUCACUUAGAAACAGUGUAUCUUAAACUAACUGCGAAGAACAACAACCACAAAUGGGUACAGCAAAACGCGUUGCAGUUUCAGUACUGCUUUCGAUUUAUCUAUCUUGGGCUAGCGCUGACCAAACUCAAACCAUUAAAAGUCCAGUUUUGGAACUUCGACCUUUCACAAACGAGCACGGAAGUAAGGAGAUAUGGGUCCAAGGAAGAUCGAGAGAGACAGUACAACACUGGGCAGGUUUGUUAGAUGACUUUUUGCAACCUUAUCGUAGUCAAAAUGCCAGCGCUGACUCUACGAUACAUCAAUGUGGCAACAAUCCACCACCGGAAAAUGGUGUCUGUGAAGUAGAUGUCAGUAGUUUUGGGCCUUGUAAUCCACAAUCGCACUACGGAUACACAGACUCACCCUGUAUUUUUCUCAGACUUAAUAACGUGCCCAACGGAUGGAUGCCAGAGUUCUACAAUGAUUCCUACAUUCCAGAAAAAAUGCCCUACGUUUUGAGACACCAUAUUUGGAAGGAAAAACAAAAGGGAAACACCAACAGAGUGUGGGUUUCUUGUAAAGGUAAUUAUGCACCUGACGCAGAAUUCAUUGGUUCAGUCAAGUACUAUCCAGAACAGGCAUUUCCAUCCCACUAUUUUGGCGCCUCAGGCAAGAAAAAUUUCUUAAGUCCAUUGGUGGCAGUCCACUUUGAACGACCAAGAAAUGGGGUUGUAAUCAAUGUGUGGUGUACAGCCUGGGCAGCAAAUAUUCCUUAUGAACUCGGAACAAUAAAUUUUGACCUAAUGUUAGACAGUUAAAAAAAGUACAUACAGUUCUUACUAAAUAAAUAAUAAUAAUAACAAUAAAA